UCCAGGAGUAUUUAUUGAGCAGCAGUCUCAAGGAGCCAAGCCAAGGGAACUAAGGCAAAUGCUAAUGAAACAUUGAAGUUGAGAUUUUAAUUACUCAAAGGUCAGCACAUUCAGGGCCUAUUAAUUUAAGGAGGUUAUUCUGUAUUCCCACAGCAAUCUGCACUCAGCUCCUACAUAGAUCAAAAAUUCAUGUUAUUGUUUAUCAGCUGAUGCAUUCAAGUGAUAUAACUGAAUGCUAUACCUGACUAUUAUUCCUUUUUGCAAUUGGGUCUUGGUCUUUUAACACUUUAUUAACACUUCUCUGUGUAUUUCCUACGUUCCCAUCCUUUUCAACAGCAAUCGACCCAUCUUUUUUCUCUUUGUACAAAAGGCUACAUUUCCUUUCAAGGCUGGAACCUCUAGUCAGAGACAUUUGUGGCUAAACUAUCACUAGAACACUCGCAGGUACUCGGCAAACUAAAGUAUCACAACACCCCUAUGAACUGUGUUGCGCUUCAAUGGUGCCGCCUCUGGGAUGAGCCCAUACUGUCCCCCACGUUGUGCUCGGGCAUCUUUCCGAAAAGCAGAUUGUCCCUGCCGAAAGCGGUGCUGGAAGCUGUCGGCAAUGGCGCUGUCUAUGUCCCAGCACUUCCAGCCCGUGCCCUGUCACAGUUUUGUUUACUCAGAUGGACCAACAGGUCCGUGUAACACAUGCAAUAGUUACACUCCAAGUGACAAGAUACCCCUGUCCUUUGAACAUUGAAGAGAUGGAACCAACCUUUAAACUAAAGGUUUUAAAAGGACAGUAGGCUUCAAAAAGACAGCCUGUGAGCCCAGCGGCACCACCGAACCUUCCUGCAGGUUGAGCAGCAAAGGAUGAGCGGGUGUUAGCUGUGUCCCAGCGGCGGUGGGGGAGCGGGAUGUGCGCUGUACGGCACCAGCCCCGAGGCGGGAGUGCACGGCCCGAGCCUGGGCAGGACCUGAGACCGGCUGCCGUCCCCCGCCGACUGGCUGACAGCACCACAGCCUCGCUCCCCGCCCCGGCGUGAACGAUCGGCGCGCCGGCCGUCCCGGCUCUGCCCUAAGAGAGAGAGGCUGCCGCUUUCCCGGCUGGAAGCGAUCGCCCGUAGCUGCGAGCCCGUGCCCUGCCCGGGCCGCCCUCUGGCCGGGGCCGGCUGCCAAAGGCCUCCGCGGGGCCGCGCAGCCAGCCCUGCGUUCCCCCCGGCGUUCGCGGCCCUCCCUCCCGCCCACAGAUAACCGCGGCCCCCCCGGCUCUUCCCCACCCGCCCAGCGCGGACUCGGCCCCGGCUCGGCAGCCGCUCGCCAGGCUCCAGCUGCCUCGUCGCCGCCGCGGCGCGGGCAAGGAUGGCUCGCCAGCCCCGGGGCUUUCUGCAGGAGGCCUCUCACCAAGUCGUCGCCGGAGGCUCGGCGGGUCUUGUAGAAAUUUGCCUGAUGCAUCCCCUUGAUGUAGUGAAAACAAGGUUCCAAAUUCAAAGAGGGAAAACUGAUCCAACCAGUUACAAGAGCCUGGGGGACUGUUUUAGGACAAUUUUCCAACGAGAAGGAUUACUUGGCUUCUACAAAGGAAUACUUCCUCCUGUCUUGGCUGAGACACCCAAAAGGGCAGUGAAGUUUUUUACCUUUGAGCAAUACAAGAAGCUUCUGGGAUAUGCAUCACUGCCACCAGGACUGGCUUUUGCAGUUGCUGGCUUGGGAUCUGGGUUGACAGAGGCAGUUGUGGUUAACCCGUUUGAAGUAGUGAAGGUCACCUUACAGACCAAUCAGAAGGCCUUCACAGAGCAACCAUCCAGCUUUGCUCAAGCUCAGCAGAUCAUUAAAACCGGUGGUCUGGGCUCCCAAGGACUCAACAAAGGCCUUACUGCAACACUGGGCCGUCAUGGGGUUUUUAACAUGGUUUACUUUGGAUUCUACUUCAAUGUGAAGAACAUUCUUCCAGUCAAUAAAGAUCCAAAUUUGGAGUUUUUGAGGAAAUUUGGAAUUGGGCUAGUCUCAGGAACAAUAGCCUCAAUUAUUAACAUUCCUUUUGAUGUUGCAAAAAGUAGGAUUCAAGGACCACAGCCAGUUCCUGGAGAGAUCAAGUACAGAACCUGUUUUAAAACUAUGGCAACAGUCUAUAAAGAGGAAGGAUUUCUAGCUCUGUACAAAGGCUUGCUUCCCAAGAUUAUGAGGCUGGGUCCAGGUGGUGCAGUGAUGCUUUUGGUGUACGAAUACGUUUAUGCAUGGCUUCAGGAUGCAGUUCAUCACAAGUAGCUCUUCUGAAAAAUAUACUCUGUAAAUUACAUGCAUUAUAAAAUACACUAUAAUAAAGCAAAAGUGAUUCUUAUCCUUUAUAGUGUUGAAUAUCCUCACAUUGCACCGAUGUUAAUACAGUUCCAAACAAAUAUGGUCUCUAGGUCCUGAUCCAAGAAAACAUUUAAGUUCAUGCUUUUCUCUAAGUGCACAAUUAAAUAGCACUUGACAUUUGUAAUUGUUUUGCUAGACCAAGAGAAAAUAUAAAGCAGACAUAAGACGCUGAGUUUUUAAAGUACAAACUGAAAUUUCUUGACACAGAAUCAUCCUGUGUAAUCAUAUACUUUUUUAAAAGUUUCAGCUAAAAUGGCAAUACAUAAACUUUCAGAGCAUUUUAAAGGAAAAAAAUGAAUAAUCCUGGGGGGGCAGAUGCUAGGCUAAUGUAAACUGACAGCUCCAUUGACUCCAGAUAAUGAAAAUGAUCCAUACUUUGCAACUCUUCAGUAGGUCUUGGGUCCAGCUUCAACUCAGCCCACUAUGAUUUCAGCAUUCAUAGAAGAGCUUUUCAAGUUCUUGGGAGUUUGGCUAGAAAGGGACAGUACAAGGAGCUACAACCUUAAAAACAUGCAUCCUGUUAAAUAUCCUACUUUUUCUUAGCCAUAUAUAUGAUAUGAAUCUCAUUCAGAUCACACAAGAUACUGAAAGUAAUUAGUAUGCAUCAAGUUACAUAAAAGUGCAAAGCAACAUGGGAUUCAUAGAAGAAAUUAGUAAAUAAAUUAACAGAAAAAAUCAUUUUAGGCACAUAAGAAUUUACCGCAAGUCUUUUAUCCAGUUUGAUAUACUAUCCCAAAAGAGCUGACCUGUGAUAAAAAUGCUCAGUGCACCCUGACCGCCCCUUUAGCCUUUCAUUUCCACCAUGGAAUGGUGAAACAAGGUUAUAGACUGACAGCACAUCUGCAGCUGUAAUUAGCUAGCCAUACACCUUGAAGAAACGUACCUUUCAGUAGGUAAAAAAAAAAAAAAAAAAAAAAAAAAGUGGCUCUGAAGCUAAAAUUUUUGCUUUUCCCAGUCACGGUAGCUAUAAAUAUUCCAAGGAUGUACUUGUGUUUUUACUGGCCAUUCUAACUCCAUGAAAUACAGUAAAUUCUGCUAUGCUGACUAAAGACAUAGUUUCUGUUUGUGCAGUUGUGCUAUUCUAGAUUUUCUUUUAAAAAGCUUUUUAAUAAUUUAAAAUCACGCAUCAUUCUGUUGUAGAAAUGUCUCCAGUAUCUAACUUGGUUGGUUGUCAAACGUGCAUGUAUCUUGCAGUUGCUGAAAGUUUCGGUAUCUCCCCAUGCUACAUUCAAUCUGUUAACAAAACAUUCUUCCUCUGAAGGAGGUACAAACCUUUUCCUUAGCAAUCCUAAAGAAGUAUCUUUCUGCACUGUUACUUUAACAUGGCAGUUUGCAUGUGAGGUCUCCUCUCGCGAGUGUUUUUAAUGCAUUGGAAAAGCAAGAAAAAGCUAAAAAUAGAAAUGUGUUUUCAUCCUUUGAAGGAUGCCUGCAUUAACAUGCUCAAUAAGCCUCUCUUUUGUCUGAAUUUGGCAACGGUGGCUUUUCAUACCUAUGCUAUUUCAUAGUUAAAAUCAAUAAAAUUAGCUCUGUUAAAGUUUAUGGUUUUAAGGCAAGUGUUCCUCAUUGUUGCCUUUUAUUGUCAGUACUUGGCCAAAGAGAAGACACUACUAAGAUAAUUUCAAAAACUAAAGCAAAAUGCUUUAUAAUUUGUCUUUUAUUAAUUUAGAGCAUUCAAAAUAUAAAAAUAAAAUGCUUUAAACAUACUGUAUAUACAUAUAUAGCCUUUGGUUUUACAUCCUUUCCAACAUGAUUUUUUUCUCAGUUAAUAGCUCAGCCUGAUCUCGGAUAAAAGGAGAAACAUUCAAAAACAGAAAACAGGAUGGUAUGGGAAAACAAACCUAUGAAUGUGCCAGCCCAGUGUCCCAUUACUCCUUGUGUAGUGUGGGCUGAAAUUCAGUUUUACACCAAAGAUCUUCCAAACUGGGACCAUGCAAGCACAGUUCGUUGAAGGGAGUAUUGUUAGGCCUUGCUGAUUUCUUUGGAAACAUUUAACACUCUGGGAAUGAAGUGUAGACUUUUAGAUCAAAACAUUUAAUUCUGCACCCACAUAUACUGUGUAUACCCCACAUGCAUCCAUUCACCUUAGGGGAUUCACUCCAGAUUUAUGCCCUUGUACUUGACAGCAGCAGUUAACCCUUAUUUCUUAUUUUUUAGAAACUAUUCCCUUUUCCUUUUUAAUUUAAUGUAAAAUGGUUUCAAGUUUUGUUGUUGGUGAGUGAACAUGUUGCAGUUUUCAGUUUACCCGUGACUAUAAGCAGCGAAAUGAUCCUUGGGCUAAGGAGUAUGUUACAUCAUAGAUUUACAUUUUUAAAAAAUCUAUGAAACUUCACACCAAAAAAAAGUCCAUCACAGGCAGUUCACCAAGAGCCAAGGUCAGGCACUUCUGCUCACUCUGAGCAACACUUUCUGCAUGCAGCCCCCCUGACUUCCCAUUCAGGGGUAAGGUAUCAUGUACAGCAGGCAGAUGUGCGGAGAGCUGUACCUAAACAAACACAAAACAAAAAUGGUUUAUGAUGGUGUAUCCCAUGGGAGGAAUAAUUAACAUAAUGUCCUGUCCUUGUUUUAUAAAUUACCCUGAUUUAGAUGAAGAUAAUGAAAAUAACUGAUACAAGCCUGUCUCUCUGUCUCCCAAAACACACUAAUUCCUCAUUGGAAUGUCAGGAAAGACAACUUUUAUUCCAGAAAUGACCUCAUGUUACUCAAGAAAAUUUGGAAAGCUUUUAACACAGGCACACUUUUUUACAGGUUUGCAAAGUCUUGAAGCUCAAAAAAGCUGUGCUUUGGAAAGUUUCUCUUCCUUUUUUUUGUUUUCUUUUCCCUUUGGUGCCCCUUGUUUGAGUUCCAUGGAAAACAAUAGGUAGACUCAUUCAAUAAUUCUGUAAUCCAGUUGAACAACUAGGCUGAAAGCUAAGAUUCUCUUGCCAACUUAAUCACUUAUCUAUUUAUGAUCUUUUUCUUAUCUUUUUUUCUCCAUUGUAUCUUUAGUGAAAAGUUUGUCUAGUAUUAAAGUGAUUUCUUUUUC